GAAGGAAUCAAGACUUUAGGCAAACAGUGUUACGAGAGUGCAGGCUGGGAGAAAGCAAUCACAGGCAACAUGAAUAUCUUGCCCAAGAAGAGCUGGCAUGUGCGCAACAAAGAUAACGUUGCCCGAGUGAGAAAGGAUGAGGCUCAAGCUGCAGAAGAGGAGCGAGUGCGUAGGAAACGGGUGGAACUAGCGGAGCAAGAGGCUCGGACAGAUUUCCUGCGUAAAAAGGCUCGUCUCUCCUUGCCGGAUGAGUACAGGAGCGAUGGGUCGUCCAUGGUGGAACAUUCCAGAGAUUCUGCCCACAUCAAUUUUUUUCAAGAAGUGGAAGAGGGCAAAGGAACCAACAAAGGCAACAAAGAAUAUGAAGAGGAAAAACGGAAAGAGAAGGAGCGGCAAGAAAAAGCCCUGGGCAUUCUUACAUAUUUAGGACAAAGUGCUGCAGAAGCCCAAACCAGUCGCCCAUGGUACCAGGAAGUCCCUGGUCGUAACUGUAAGGAAAAAGAUGACACCGCAAAGGAUGAAAAGUUGAAAAAGCUGCUAGAUCCUUUACAUAACAUGGAGAAAUAUCUGCAGAAGAAAUCUGGAGAAAAGAGGAAAUUCAAAGAUGAAAAGCAGCGCAAAGGCAAAGCUAAUGAAUCCAGACCCAACAAGCAAUCCUUAGAGCAAAUGAGACAAGAACGACUGAAGAGAGAGAAAGCAGAGAGAGCGCGGACUGAAGCCUUGCUGUCAGGGAAAAAGGAGCCUGCAGCACCAGAACAAGAAAUGGAUGACCGAAAACGCAGUUACAAUUCUCAGUUUAACCCCAAGCUGGCACGAAAACCUAAGGUGCGAGAAGAGCAGGAGUGGCGAUAUUAAAGACUAAUGCCAAUGUUUCUAUAGGUCAAUUGUCUCAUAAUAAAUUAAUGCAUCCCC